UUCUGUUAAGUAUACGGUAAAUUUAUAGAAUAUGUUCAAGAAAUGCUUUAAGGUGCACAAUUUUCCAAUUAUAACAGCAAUAUGGUUUACGGCAACCUAUAUCUUAACCUACAUCACUGCAGUUUUGGAAGGACAUGUCAGCCCUUUAUUUCCUUACAUUAGUUGGUCAGGAGUGUUACCUCCAGAAAGCUGCAUCUUCAGUUUCUUGUUAAACAUGGGUUCAGUUUUAAUGUUUAUCGUGAUCUUCAUCAGAUACAAACUAUUAGAACUUAUAGCCGAGCUGCAUAUGCCAAAAUAUUUAAACGUAUGCACAUUAGGGCUAGGAGUAAUUUCAUGUUUAGGAAUUAAUUUGGUUGCGAAUUUUCAAGAAUCCUAUUUAUUUAUGGUGCACGUAUUGGGAGCGUUAUGUGCAUUUGGUGGUGCAACUUUAUAUUGCUGUAUACAAGCUUGGUUAACGUGGAGAUACGAUGGAAGUAGCAAGUUCUUGAUAAUAUUCAGAAUUAUUCUAUGCGUCUUGAUGGUUCCUGCUUUGUUUGAUGUUUUUCUGUUUGGCGAUUUAGCUGGAGUACAAUUUAAUGGUACGCAGUACUCAAAUUUUGCAAUGGAAAAAUGAAGAUGGUGGAUAUGACUUCCAUCUUACUGCAACAAUUUCAGAAUGGAUAAUGGCGCUAGCUAUAAAUAUUUUUGUUUUUACAUUUGAAAACGAGUUUAAACGAAUAAAUUUCGAUGGGAUCAUUUUUUCAAAAAAAGAUUCUUUUUAGGAAAUAUUAUCAAAAAAAAUUGAAAUUAUAAUAAUUACCUAUACAAAUAGUCUAAUUUAUACAUCUUUAGACUAAUAUUUUAUUUAAAAGAA